CCUACCAACCUCCUCAGCCGAUUUCGCUCUUCGACAGCACGGUCUUUUUUAAAGUUCCAUAGACGAUGAGAGAAGAGGCUGUCAAAAUAUAGAAAAUAGGGAUAUUCUUUACAGUGUGGAUAGUCGUAAGGCAUAAACAACAUCAAAAGAGAAAGUGAAGGGGUAUUCUUUGUUGUUUUUCUAUCAUACAAAUCGUUUCCUGGUUGGUGUUUAAAUACGGGUAGUCUUUAGCUAGCUAGCUAACGGCGGUAGCAGCUAGCAAUGAACCAAACGACAAAAGAAAUAUAGCCAGUCAACUCUCAUUCCCAUAACGAAUUAUUUUAUACGAAUUGCCUGUUUGGAUUGGGGCUUUAUUUUUGACUAGUUACCGAGAGCAUAAAAAACAGCGGACCCGACGUGUUUGAAUAAAGGCGAAAAACCCACUAAAAUGGCGGAGCCGGACAAAUUAAACAUCGACUCCAUAAUACAGCGUCUCCUGGAAGUUAAAGGAUCCAGGCCAGGCAAGAACGUACAGCUGACAGAAAAUGAAAUCCGCGGCCUCUGUCUGAAAUCUCGGGAAAUCUUCCUCAGCCAGCCAAUUCUGCUGGAGCUGGAAGCGCCACUCAAGAUCUGUGGUGAUGUUCAUGGUCAGUACUAUGACCUCCUACGUCUCUUUGAGUAUGGCGGUUUUCCACCUGAGAGCAACUACCUGUUCCUGGGGGAUUACGUGGACAGAGGGAAACAGUCUCUAGAAACCAUCUGCCUCCUGUUGGCCUACAAAGUGAAAUAUCCUGAAAACUUCUUCCUGCUGCGUGGGAACCAUGAGUGCGCCUCUAUCAACCGUAUAUAUGGCUUCUAUGAUGAGUGUAAGCGACGGUAUAACAUUAAGCUGUGGAAGACCUUCACAGACUGUUUCAACUGUUUACCUGUGGCUGCCAUUGUAGAUGAGAAAAUCUUCUGUUGCCAUGGAGGUCUUUCUCCAGACCUGCAGUCAAUGGAGCAGGUGCGACGCGUUAUGCGUCCCACUGAUGUACCUGACCAGGGGCUACUGUGUGACCUGCUUUGGGCCGACCCAGACAAAGACGUGCUGGGCUGGGGAGAGAAUGACCGUGGUGUAUCAUUCACUUUCGGUGCAGACGUGGUGGCCAAAUUCCUUCACAAGCACGACAUGGACCUAAUAUGCAGGGCACAUCAGGUGGUAGAGGAUGGUUAUGAGUUUUUUGCUAAGAGGCAGUUAGUUACCCUGUUCUCUGCUCCUAACUACUGUGGCGAGUUUGAUAAUGCUGGGGCCAUGAUGAGUGUGGAUGAGACCCUUAUGUGUUCCUUUCAGAUCCUUAAGCCAGCCGAUAAGAAGCUAUACUAUGGAGGAGGAGGUGGAAUGGGCUCAGGUCGUCCGGUCACCCCGCCGAGAAAUUCAGCCAAGGGUGGAAAAGCCAAGAAAUAACACCCGCUGGAACACCUCCCCCCAACGUUCCUAUUCCACAAUUCCUCUCUUACCCCACUCUCUUUCUCUACCUCCCUCUACCUUUCUUUUGUCUCCAAAUGGCUAUAAAGCAAAACAGUUCCCAGGGUUGAAGUCCUUUUUUUGUCUUUUACUUUCCUCAUGUAACGUUUGAAAUGUGUGUUUAUACGUGAGACUGCGUGCGUGAGCGUCUGUUAUGUUUGUUACACUCUUUGUGUUUGUCUUUCCAUCCUUCCCCUCCACCGCUCAUUGCCCCCUCCAUCUCUCCACUUGUCUCUCUGUCAGGGAGCCUCCUAAGAAGCCUCCAUGUGAAUGCACAGCCAGGCUCUGGGAAAGCGUGAGACAGAGGGGGUUGAUAGCGUGUAGUUUUUUUAAAGUCCCUCACUGUUUAUGUGCUGACCCCAUUGUUGUUUUAAACACACAGCUGUACAUCCCACAUUAGUUAGAGAGCCAGUCUGAGUGUAAUGUUAUACAUGUAUCUGCACACAUACGCACGCAGAGAGAAUGGAUGUGAAGAGAAAGUGUGAGGUAGACUGUCACCGGUGCAUAAUUUCCAUUUAGAGAUCCAAUGAUUUCAAAACAAUCAUGUUGGAACUUUUUACUUUUUGUAGAUGGAUCACAACAAAAGCUUUGAAAUUUUUUGCUUAAUGUGUGUUUUUUUAGUGUCUUUUUUGAAAGACAAUUAUCAAUAAAGAGAACUUUAUUUAAACAUUC